AUGUCGAGAGCGUUUUACAAUUUGAAUAGAUGGGUAUUUAUUCGCACAGAUUCCCUUGCUGCUCUGUUCUCUGCGAGUCUUGGUGCAUAUCUCGUAUAUAGCGGAAGUGCGACAGCGUCUGAUACCGGGUUUUCGUUGAGUAUGGCAGUCAGCUUCAGUACCUAUAUCUUGUACGCUGUGCGCAUGUUCAACGAAUUUGAGGUUUCUGGCAAUAGUUUGGAGCGCAUACAGCAAUAUAUGGAGAUCGAGCAGGAGGAAAAACCUACUGAGAACGGAGUUCCGCCUGCUUACUGGCCCGCAAGUGGCGACUUGAAGGUCGAAAAGCUAUCUGCACGAUACUCCUCGGAUGGGUCGCGCGUACUGGAGAAUGUGUCUUUCGAGGUGAAAUCUGGAGAGCGCGUUGGGAUUGUGGGACGGACUGGAAGCGGCAAGAGCUCUUUGACUUUAGCUUUGCUACGGUGCAUCCUCACCGAAGGCAGUGUAUAUUACGAUGGUCUCCCUACGGAUAAAAUCAAUUUGGAUGCGCUGAGGUCAAGUGUAACAAUCAUUCCUCAAGUUCCAGAACUCCUGAGUGGGACGUUGCGCCAGAAUCUGGAUCCGUUCGGGCAAUACGACGAUGCAGUCCUAAACGACGCUCUCCGCUCUGCUGGUCUUUUCUCUCUACAGAAUGACUCGGACGGAAGCCGCAUCACUUUGGACAGCCAGAUCGCGGGCGGAGGCGGCAAUCUGUCUGUUGGUCAAAGGCAAAUCCUUGCGCUUGCGAGAGCAAUCCUCAGGCAGAGUAAACUGUUGAUAUUGGAUGAAGCUACAUCGGCCAUCGAUUAUGCUACGGACGCUGUCAUUCAGGCCUCUCUUCGCAGAGAGAUGGAUAGUGGCGUGACUGUCCUGACCGUAGCGCAUCGCUUGCAAACUAUCAUGGAUGCGGAUAAGAUCAUGGUUCUGGAUGCUGGCCGGAUCGUUGAGUUCGGUAAGCCGACUGAAUUGCUUGAAAAUAAAAACGGCAUGCUCCGUGCUCUGGUAGAGGAAAGUGGAGAUAAAGCUAGUCUGUUGGCUAUGGCCGCUGGUCACGGUGCUCAAUCCUCUGGCCGCGAGGAGCUGGCCUGUCUUCUACUCCCUCAGGCAGGGCACCGCGCGGAGCAGCUUGCAUCAACUGUCGAAGACAAAUGCGACGGGGUUAGACCUAUUUGUGGUACUUGUAAACGUUUCCACUGCGAGGAUUCGUGUCACUACUCGGACGGUACCGACUCUCCACAAGAGAUCCAAAUGCUAGAAGACAGGAUCAAGCGUCUACAAAGCCGAGUAUACCACCUCGAACUGGCUGGAUUGGGCGAAUCUUCAAGUUUUGUCCUUGGUGCCCCGAGUCCACAUGGAGAUCCUCUUGGUACUACCAAUGUCUCACUGGUGGCUGAAUCCGUGCCUCGUAUUGUGAAUACUCCCAGUGUCCAUGGUUCGGUAGCUGUUGCGAGCCCAUCUGCACUACACGCCAAUCGGUCUUCGCAUAAUGCUUAUGGAAGCUCUAUUCCAUCCACCAAACUACCUCCUGCAGUAGCACAAACAUUGCAAGUGGUCAGCCACUUUUUGUCAUAUGCAGACCAAGUUGGUUUCUUCCUCAGUGUGGAUUACCUUCUUGAUGCACUCUCUUCCCAGUUGCAUAAUGUUGUGUCAGGUCAGCAAACACUGCUACCUGCGCUCUUGAAUGCAGUCUAUCUAUGGGGAGCGCAUCUGUCAGAGGAUUCGAUACUCAUGUCGUAUGAACAGGUCUUCCUCACUCGUGCAGUGCAACCGCUGGCACGCGGUGGAGACCACUCUCCCCUUCAUGUAAUCCAAACCGAGAUCUUAGUCGCCAACUACUUCUUCGAUGCGGGCCGCCUAUUGGAAGGGCGAUACCAUUGUAGCGGUGCCGUGGCUAUCGUGCUUGGCUGCCGCUUGCAUCAGACGCAAUCUGCACAAUUGGCUUUGUUUCCAGUAGACGCCCUAAGACCUCCCGAGUUCAGUUUGCCCCCGGCACGGAACGCGGCAGAGGAGAAAGAGCGGAUAGAUGCGUUCUGGCAUGCUUUCAUCCUCGAAGUCUGUUGGGCUGCGUGUAUGCGCGCCUCAUCACAGUUUGGGACAUCUUGUACAGGAGAGGUUGAUGCACCGUGGCCUUAUGAUAUGGACAAUAUCCCUGAUGCCUCCCAUUUCAACUUCCGGACCGUGGAUAUGUUCCUGAAUGGUGCUGAUUUGUCAAAUCCGCCACAUGUUUCGUCCCCACUCGCCCUCCGAGCCAAGGCGUCCGCCCUUUUUGAACGUGCCGCUGUACUUGCAGGAAGGGUGCAUGGAAAUGCUUCCCAGUCGAUUUCCCACUCUCAUUCACUAGCAGCUGAUAUUGCCAUGGUGGACAAUGUCAUCAACUGUUUCGUCGCCACGCUCCCAAUUAAUCAGCAACUAGAGGCAUCUGCUGCUCACGAGCUUCUAGUCACUCACACACUUUGCCGAGCUGCAUCAAUCCAAUUGCAUGUACAGGAACAAGUGGGGAUGACUUCGCGAAGAAAAGCUGUCCGCUCAGCGGAAAUGGCAGCUGCUGUGAUUCAAGGAACGGAUUUCAGUCGAAUUACUCGAGUGGAUCCAAUACUUUCAACCUUAUGGAUGUUGGUGUGUCGAGCGUUGAUUGGUGAGAUUGCUCGACUACGAAAUGUGUGGGCUUCUACAUCACUAGUUGAAAAUCAAACUGCUGGGCCUAGGCAGUUUCAGCUAAUACAAGCCGAACACGCCGAGGUAGUGGCUGCGUUGCAGACAGUAAGGGACGUCAUGAAGAAUUAUGCUAAUACAUCGCAGUUAAUGGCGCUGCAACUUGUGAGAAUAGAGCGGGAGAUAGAGCGGGCGUACUGUUAG